GAAGACUAUUUUGAGUAUAAGUACUCGACGAUUGUUCAAGUUGGACAUCAAUCAGUUCACAGUUUCAACUAGAAGCAACACAACAAAUCAAUCCUCAACAUGUUCAAAUACGCUGUUGUCAUCCUCGCCGUCAUCUCCUGCGCUGCUGCCAAGCCUGGAGUUCUCCUGAACCAACCAUUGGCUUAUGCUGCUCCAGCUGCCGUUGUUGCUGCUCCUGCUCCAUAUGUGACUGCAACCAGCAGCCAAGUGAUUGCCCGCAACUACAAUGGAAUCGCAGCUGCUCCUGUGAUUGCUCCAGUUGCUACUCCGUUGGCUGCUCCAGUUGCUGCUCCAGUCAUUGCCAAGUACGCUGCUGCUCCUUUGGCUGCACCCUUGGCUGCUCCUUUGGCAUACAGCACUCCUUUGGCUGCUCCUCUUGCUUAUAGCGCUCCUUUGAGCUAUGCUGCUUCUGCACCACUUUUGAUUUAA